UCUCUCUCGUUUCUUUAUGGGUGGUUUUCUCCUCAUCCUCUCUAGAGAGAGAAAAUAAAAAGGAAGGUGAGAGGAGAGAGAGGAGUUUGUCCUCUUGUUGUAGUUUUUUUCCCUUAACAGUCGGCCAAUUUGAUCCCUGAGCAAAACCCACCAUUUUCUUUAGCUGUAGCCUCCGGAUCUGCGUCCAAGCAGUUAUGCUCUUGAGGAGCUAGAGGAGAGUUAUCUUGAGGAAUAUAGCAAAGAAUGCUGUUUGGUUUUUGUAUUGGAGGAAACCAAUCUAAAUGUCAAGAACAAGAAGGCGUUCUGGGUUGAGAUGAGGGAUGUUAUCUUUGUUGAUGAACCUUCUCAGGGCCUGCUGGCGACCCUCAUCAUCAUCGAGCCGACAUGUUCAUAGUGGUUCUGAUGCUGUUGGUCGACAAGAUGGCCUCCUUUGGUACAAAGACUGUGGGCAGCAUGUUAAUGGAGAGUUCUCGAUGGCAGUGGUUCAGGCCAAUAACUUGCUUGAGGACCAUAGCCAGAUUGAGUCGGGUGCACUGAGUUUUCUUGAUUCUGGACCAUAUGGGACAUUUGUUGGUGUCUAUGAUGGGCAUGGUGGUCCAGAGACUUCUCGUUAUAUCAAUGACCAUCUCUUUAACCAUCUCAAGAGGUUGACAUCUGAGCAACAGUCAAUGUCAGCUGAUGUGAUAUGCAAAGCAUAUCAAGCAACAGAAGAAGGGUUCUUCUCUUUGGUUGCCAGACAGUGGUCUAUAAAACCCCAGAUCGCAGCUGUUGGCUCUUGCUGCCUUACCGGUGUAAUAUGUGGUGGAACUUUGUACAUUGCUAACCUUGGAGACUCAAGGGCUGUUUUAGGGAAACUAGUUAAGGCCACUGGAGAGGUUCUUGCUGUCCAAUUAUCAGCAGAGCACAAUGCGAGUAUUGAAUCUGUGAGGCAAGAAUUAAAGUCGUCACACCCGGAAGAUUCUCAAAUUGUUGUUCUGAAGCAUAAUGUUUGGCGCGUAAAAGGACUCAUUCAGAUUUCUAGGUCAAUUGGUGAUGUAUACCUGAAAAAGUCGGAGUAUAAUCAAGAGCCCUUAUAUUCAAAAUUUCGUCUUCGUGAACCUUUCAAGAAGCCCAUUCUUAGUUCAGAACCAUCUAUUUCUGUGCAACCGCUACAACCAUAUGAUCAGUUUCUUAUAUUUGCAUCUGAUGGGCUAUGGGAGCACCUUACCAACCAAGAAGCAGUUGAUAUUGUUCAUAACAGUCCUCGCAAUGGAAGUGCUCGAAGGCUUGUGAAAGCUGCGCUUCAAGACGCAGCCAAGAAAAGGGAGAUGAGGUACUCUGACCUCAAGAAGAUUGAUCGUGGGGUCCGCAGGCAUUUCCACGAUGACAUAACCGUUAUUGUCAUCUUUCUCGACACAAACCUUGUUAGCCGUGCCAGCACUAUGCGGGCUACAAAUCUCUCGGUCAGAGGGGGCGGCGUCAAUCUCCCUCCAAACUCUCUUGCUCCUUGUUCUACGCCUACAGAUGGUAACUCCUGAUGAAAGGAAAAAAGUUAUUUGUUUAUGAACUUGUUUUAAUCUUAAUAUAUCCAAACAUUGAUAAGAGUCAGUUGGCUAUGCUAUAACUAGGGAACUAGGAAGUUUAAUUUAUAUUGCUUUUAUUUUUAGGGUUCGGGUUCUUUGGCUUUGUAAAUUCUAUGUAAGCCUCCUUUGCAAUCUAAUAGUUCUUUCUUCAUUAGAUGUAUUUUCCUAAUUACAUUAUGUUUACUGCAGAAAAUGACAAGAAACAUGUAUAUUCAAUAGUCUGUUGUUUGAUUAAGGAAAAUUUGAGGUUUUGUAGAUCA